UAGUUUAAUCCCAUGAUCAUUAUUUUAUUCUUGCGUAUACUUUUAUGGUUGUGAGAAUGGCUGCAGGUUGCCCACUUUAUUUGUCUCUCUCUUUCCCUUCCAACCUCAUCCCAUUCCGUUUUCUCUGCAGUACUCAAUUGAUCCCUUUGUUUUUCUAUUCGUUCUGAGGUUUGAAUCAUUGGGCACUCCCUAAUACUUCUUUUAAAAUUCCCUAGCUUUGUGUGUAUGGCCGGCAUAGACUUGGGUUCAGCAUCACAUUUUGUUCAUCAUCGCCUUGAACGCCCUGACCUUGAAGACGAUGAGAACCAACAAGACCAAGACAACAACCUUAACAAUCACGAAGGGCUUGACCUAGUUACACCAAAUUCAGGUCCUGGUGAUGUUGUUGGUCGCAGGCCAAGAGGAAGACCUCCAGGUUCAAAGAACAAGCCAAAACCACCAGUUAUCAUCACAAGAGAGAGUGCAAACACCCUUAGGGCUCACAUCCUUGAAGUUAGUAGUGGUUGUGAUGUCUUUGAAUCAGUCGCUACCUAUGCAAGGAAGCGACAAAGAGGGAUCUGUGUCCUUAGUGGGAGUGGCACCGUGACCAACGUGACGUUGAGACAGCCAGCUGCAGCAGGUGCCGUCGUCACGCUGCACGGAAGGUUUGAGAUCCUGUCUUUGUCAGGAUCGUUCCUCCCACCUCCCGCUCCACCAGGUGCUACAAGUUUGACCGUGUUCCUUGGUGGAGGACAGGGUCAAGUGGUGGGAGGAAAUGUUGUUGGUCCUUUGGUGGCUUCUGGGCCUGUUAUUGUUAUUGCUUCAUCUUUUACUAAUGUAGCAUAUGAGAGGUUGCCCUUGGAUGAAGAGGAAUCUAUGCAGAUGCAACAAGGGCAAUCAUCUGCUGGCGGUGGUGGUAGUGGUGGUGGAGUCAGUAAUAACUCUUUUCCGGACCCGUCUUCUGGGCUUCCAUUCUUCAAUUUGCCCCUUAACAUGCCUCAGUUACCUGUUGAUGGUUGGGCUGGGAACUCUGGUGGAAGGCAAUCUUACUGAUCCAGCUUCUUUAGGGGCACAGAGGUGAGAAGUUGAAUUGAUCUUAUAUAUAUUGGUCUUCUCUAAUCUUUCCUUUGAAUUGUUUGUGAAGAAGUACUGAUUUUUCUAUUGAAGACUCGUUUUAUUUGGCUAGGUUUGUUGUAAGGACUCAGUUCUAGGAAUAACUGUAAAACGUUUCUCUUGGUUGCUGGAGUUGUUAGACUAGACUGUUGUGCAUUAACCUUGAGUUGAAUAAAUCAUAGGCUCAAAUAAAUAACAAAAAUAUAUAUUUUGGAUUAUGAAGUUGGAUU